GAUAGCACAGGCAUCAUUUAAGGAAAAGAAUAUAUUACAACUCUCCUGGGUUUCCCAUCCUUUUCCCCGUUUCUACCCAGGGAACAUGUUCCUGCUGGUCUGACUUGCCCAUGCAGUUCUAGAGGUACAGAUAAAGCACCUUUAAAUAAGGGUUACUAAUGAGAACACAGGAGCCAUGAAACAGCAUGUGGCUGUUUUGUAUGGCUUUUACAGUUGGAGUCAGAAGCAAAAGUAAAAAUAAAGGCUUCUAUUUACUACACAUAGGAGUUAAUUCUGAAUGCCAGACUUAGGAGAUUUCCAUGGGCUCUUUGUUUCUAUCUACUACCACAAGUAAUAACAAAGAGCCUUACUUAAGCAUUUAAUCCUUAAACCAGUAAUAGAUUUUCUACAGUUAAUCAUUAACCUCAUAAAGGUCUAUAGACUUUAACAUUUGCCUUCUUAUAAUGCUUAGAUGAAUUGUCUUGGCUGCCUAAACAAUAUACAGAGGGAAAUUUCUUGUACUCAAUUUCUGUAGAAACAAAAUCUGGACUUCCAGUUCCUCAAGACAGGCAUCUGGGUCUAUGCACGUGCUUUUUCCUGGCUGGAAAGUUUGCCUCCUCUCCAAAUUAACACUUACUUAUUUCCCAGGGGAAAUAUUUCUAAGCAGCUUGAUUCUGUCAAGUUCCCUCUAUUUAUGGAUAUAUUUCUGCUUCAUAGACCUUAUCACCAAUGAAAAUUUCAGUUUAUUGUUUCUGAAAAAUGGACGAGAAGCUGGAUAUCUACAGGAGGGAGUUAGUGGAUGUUCAGGGUGUCCCACUCUUCUGGAGCAUUGCUGAGGAGUGGUCCCAGGUGGAGACCUUUGAGAGUCGACCAGAUGACCUUCUGAUCGCCACCUACCCUAAAUCUGGAACAACCUGGGUGAGUGAAAUAUUGGAUUUGAUCUAUAACAAUGGGGAUGUGGAGAAAUGUAAGCGGGACGCAAUAUACAAACGAGUGCCGUUCAUGGAAUUGAUUGUUCCUGGAAUCGAGAAUGGUGUGGAGGACUUGAAAAACAUGAAGCCUCCUCGAUUAGUGAAAACACACCUGCCUGUUCAACUUCUCCCUUCUUCAUUUUGGAAAAAUAACUGCAAGAUGGUCUAUGUGGCACGAAAUGCUAAGGAUGUGGCUGUGUCUUACUAUUAUUUCUACCAGAUGGCAAAAUUACACCCAGAGCCUGGCACCUGGGAGGAGUUCCUGGAUAAAUUCAUGACUGGGAAGGUGUCGUUUGGUUCUUGGUAUGACCAUGUGAAGGGCUGGUGGGAGAAGAGGAAUGAUUAUCGUAUCCAUUACCUAUUCUAUGAAGACAUGAAAGAGGAUCCAAAGCAUGAAAUUCAGAAGUUGUUAAAGUUUCUAGACAAAGAACUCUCAGAAGAAACUGUGGAUAAAAUCAUCUAUCAUAGCUCUUUUGAUGUGAUGAAGCAGAAUCCAAGUACAAAUUAUACCACUGUACCAGAUUUUGAUAUGGAUCAUUCUGUAUCUCCCUUCAUGAGAAAGGGCAUUUCAGGUGAUUGGAAAAAUCAGUUCACUGUAGCCCAAUAUGAAAGAUUUGAAGACGAUUAUGAAAAGAAAAUGAAAAGGUCUACACUACGGUUUCGUUCGGAGAUUUAAGAAAUCCUGUUCUUCCUCCGACUCCUUUAGCAGGCACUUAAAUUACAAAAAAAAAAAUUUUUUUUGAACAUUUAAUGACAAAAAUUCUGUAUGUUAAUAUUUCUGUAUUUACUAAUAUUCGUGCUUUGUAAUAGAAUAUUCAAAGAAUUUCAAAGGCUGCAUAUGAAAAACCAACACUGUCUGUACAAUUUUAAUCACCUUCCACAAUGUUCUUACUAUUCUGAAAGACAAAAUAAUAAACUGAAGUUUAAAAUCGA